AAGACGGAGGUGGAUCGUGUGAAACAAAAUGCAGUUCGCUAAGCUCGAUGAUUCGCCUAUGUUUCGUCAACAGAUGCAAUCUAUGGAAGAGAGUGCAGAUUUGCUGCGAAUGCGAUGCUUAAGAUUCUACAAAGGCUGCAGAAAAUACACGGAGGGGCUUGGAGAAGGGUAUGAUGCAGAUAUUGGAUUUGCAAAUGCGCUUGAGUCUUUCGGUGGAGGCCAUAAUGAUCCUCUGUGUGUUGCUUUUGGAGGUCCUGUAAUGACGAAAUUCACUAUUGCUCUACGAGAAAUUGGGACAUACAAAGAAGUUCUUCGUUCUCAGGUAGAACAUAUGCUGAAUGACCGGUUGCUUCAGUUUGUGAAUGUUGAUGUCCAAGAAGUUAAGGCACGAGAGAAGUAUCUUUCAUUAAGAAAGAGUACGCGAUUGGAUGUGGCUGCAACAAUUGAGGAGGUAAUGUACAAAUCUUAUUACUUACUAUUCACAAAUCAACCUUCACUUAAAACUAAUUUUGGUAGAGAGGCAUUUCAGGACCUGCAUAACGCAAGAACCACGUUCGAGCAAGCCCGGUUUCAUCUGGUUAGUGCACUCUCUAAUGCGGAAGCUAAGAAGCGAUUUGAGUUUUUGGAAGCAGUUAGUGGGACAAUGGAUGCUCAUCUCCGCUUCUUCAAACAGGCAAGAUAUGUGUGUUUAAUUGAAAUCUUAAUGCAGGUGUUGGCUUAUGCACACCAGUCUAAAGAAUGUGCAAACUACGAAAUGGCGUCACUUAAUGAAAAGAUGCAAGAAUACCAAAGGCAAGUUGAUAGAGAAACUAGAAACUCAUGUGGUUCUCCAACAGGUGAUGGCAUGAGACACAACUCAAGAAACUCACAAAAAGUCAUAGAAGCUGUCAUGCAAUCUGCUGCAAAAGGAAAAGUUCAGACUAUAAGACAAGGGUAUCUGUCCAAACGCUCCUCAAACUUGAGAGGUGACUGGAAAAGAAGGUUUUUUAUCCUUGACAGCCGUGGGAUGCUAUACUAUUACCGCAAGCCAUGGAAUUGGUCUUCAGGAAAUGGGAGCAGGUCUGUUAUUCACAGGAAUACGACUUCAGAAAGCAGUCCAGGGCUGCUAAGUCGAUGGCUGUCUUCUCAUUAUCACGGUGGUGUGCACGAUGAAAAACCAGUUGCACGUCACACUGUGAAUCUGCUGACCUCAACCAUUAAAGUUGAUGCAGAUCAGACUGAUCUAAGAUUCUGCUUCCGAAUUAUUUCUCCAACAAAAGUUUAUACAUUGCAGGCAGAGAAUGCACAAGAUCAGAUGGACUGGAUCGAGAAAAUAACUGGAGUAAUCGCUUCUUUACUUAGUUUCCAGACACCUGAAAGAGCAAUCAUGCAUCUUUCUACGGUGGAUGGAGACACUUUCUCUGCAAGUGAUUCAGGUUCUUUAGCAGAUCCAUAUGACUUCGAGCAAGCAGAAGGUAGAGAUUCCAUAGUGGAGAAUCCCAUGACAGGAGGGAACCGUUCGAGGUUCUCAGGGUGCUUGCAGCAAUAUGAUAUGACAAAGACUGAGAAGCCAAUUGAUGUCUUGACAAGAGUAUUGGGGAAUGAGAAAUGUGCAGAUUGUGGUGCUCCUGAACCUGAUUGGGCCUCUUUGAAUCUUGGAGUACUCAUAUGUAUUGAGUGUUCUGGUAUACAUCGUAACCUUGGUGUUCACAUUUCAAAGGUCAGAUCGCUCACACUUGAUGUCAAAGUAUGGGAACCAUCGGUGUUGACGUUGUUCCAGUCGUUAGGUAACGUGUAUGUAAACUCAGUGUGGGAGGAGUUGUUGAACUCAGAGAGUAGAACUUCUAGUGCUAGUAGGUCUUCAAGCACUCCCAAGGCAGAUCGACCAAGAAAGUUUCUUGCAAGGAAACCUGGUUGCAAUGAUCCCAUCUCUGUGAAAGAGUUGUUCAUCCACGCAAAGUACUCAGAGAGGAUAUUUGUCAGAAAAGCAACAGACAGUCAGCAUUUCCAAGCAGUAUUCCAAGAGAUUUGGGAGAAUGUCCGAGCCAACGACAAGAAAUCAGUUUACAAACACAUCGUCUGCUCCGAAGCAGAUGUGAAUGCGCUACGUGGACAAGCCUCCUACACAGUCUCUUUACCCUUAGCGAAGAUGAUGCAACUGGAAGCGAAGGAGGAAACUCUCGAAGCCAAGUUCAAGAGCAUUGAAAAAGAGUUUCAAGAGAAACAAGAAGGUUGUUCCAAGUCAAGAAGAGGAGACGGUGAAAGUAUGGUCAGAGAAGAGACUUCAAACGACUGCUCUUUGCUUCACCUUGCUUGUCUCUCUGCGGAUAUUGGUAUGGUUGAGUUGUUGCUUCAGUACGGUGCGAAAGUUAAUGCAACAGACUCAAAAGGUCGGACUCCACUUCAUCAUUGUAUAAUCAGUAGGAGAUAUGCAAUUGCAAGGUUGCUUCUAAUGAGGGGAGGAGAUCCAAAUGCUGUGGAUAAAGACAGUAACACACCGGUUAAAUAUGCUUCAGAGACAGACCUCAAUGAUAGUGAACUAAUUGCUUUAUUAACAGACUCCAAAAGAUGA